AUGGUUUAAAGGAAAAUAAUAAAUGGAGACACAUCAAAAUAUUUGCCUUUCCUUCUACUAACAUGUUUCUCCUACCACAGAUUGUACCCAAAUAGUUUCUAAACGUUUCUGUGUGAUUUGGACCUAUGGGCAGUCUGAAUUUCUCAAUUCCUUUGACCAAGAACUGUGAACAACAACCUGGCACCAGAAACAAGCUCAGGGGCACACGUAGGUUGGACGACGGAAUAACCUACAAGCCCCUCCCACAAACUCGGUGGCCAUUUUAAGGUACUGUUCCAUCGCUACCAUGCGCAAAGAAAUGAAUCCACGCGUUGGAGGUUGAAAUGGAGGCCCCGUAGAACUGGGGGCGGGUCUUCCUUUCAUUCGUCUUGUUCUCAUUGGUUCUAGUUGUUGAGUGUCACGGAAGAUCCCGGGCUGAGCCACAUUGUUGGUAGGCUCAAUGUACAUCGACUAGAGCAAAACUACCGUGGAAUCCUCGGUGAUUUGUAUAUAAUUGUAGUGUUUGCCUUUCUUCAACCUGAAUUAGGUGUUUAGGAAUACUUUCGCGCGCCUGCAGGACAACGGGAAGGCGCGCGGUCUUACAAAGGAAAGCGACAGCAGCAUGACGGGUGCAUGACCAAAAGGAAAACGGUUAUCAUAGUGAUUGGAUUGAGUUUGCUUUUGGACUGUGUAUUCACAUUAUAGGGCACUGUCCUGCUGUUCUUGUAACCGAUGCAGUUAAUAUGCGAAUAAAAGGUCUGAAGGAGGUCGUACACCAGGAGAAAAGAUCACUGUUGCAUCUAGGACAACAAACAGGUCUUCGACAAAUCGGCUAUAAUGUUUGCACUGAUAUGUAGUGGAUAGAGUGUGAGUUCAGAAAAGUAAUCCUUGGACCUCUGGAAGAACAUGGCUUAAGGAUGGGAUGUGCUCUAGCAAGCCCAGUCUUAUCCUACUAGACCCUGAACUUUUGAUUGAACUAUGGAAUCUAAAGAAGUUGAAAUAGACUCGGAGAGCCUUGCUCAUGAUAUUGAGGAGUUUAUUGAGGAGGAGAAUCUUGUGGGCAUGAUGGAUUUGCAAGACAUUACUGAAUCUGACAUAAAUGAAUUGAACACGGAGUCAGAUUCUCUGCAGCACACAUGCUAUGAUUCAUCCUGGCAAGGAGUAAUACAUUCAGCUGACCUUGAAGAAGGCAAAACAGGGGAUCAGAGACAGUCUAAUGGUAGCAUGACGCCAUGUUACUUGCUUAACCCAGGAGAGAGUGAGUCGUUUGUGGAAGCAAAUUCUGACAAUGCAGAAUUAAACGAAGCUACAUUGACAAAAGAUAAUCUUGUGGAUUACUCCGAUAUUAGCAGCUGCUCUGAAAUGGAUACAAAUCUUGAUUGCAAUUUAAAUUCUUCAGUUGAAAUUAAUCUAACCCAGCCCAAUCAGUCUUCAGAGGAUGGAGACCAACAUUCAAGUACAAAUCAACAGCUGGACACUGUUGGAAGUGCACCUCCAGUGACCAUGGGUGAAGGCAAAAGAGAAAAUGAUAACAGUGAGGGCAUUGUUUGGAGAGAUGGAUCACUUUUCAUAAAUGUUCAGGAUCAGUGUGCUGAAGCUAAAGGCCUGGAAGAUUUAAAUGGUGUGGUACCUUUGUCAAAGGGUCAGAUUGGGGAAAGUGACAUCCUUGUUCACGAUUCAGAUUCUUCUAUGGAUCAACCCAUGAUGAGUUUAGAUGAAUCUGGUAACUCUGAAGAAGGUUCCACUUGUACCUCAAGUAAUACAAAUAUAGAGGCCUCAUCUAUUUUGAAUGCACUUGAAAAUAACUGCUCAACUAUUGAAGAAGGUUCCACUUGUACCUCAAGUAAUACAAAUAUUGAGGCUUCUUCUGAUUCAAGAGGAGAUGAAAAAAACUGCUCAACCAUUGAAGAAGGUUCCAUUUGUACCUCAAGUAAUACAAAUAUUGAGGCCACAUCUAAUUCUAAUGAAAAAGAAAAUAAAUGCUCAACCACAGAUUCAUUAAAAGACUGCCAACUGGAAAUAAAGAAACCAGAUAUAGAAAACGCGUCCUUUCAGCCUGAAUUUGAGGAGAGAUUAGAACGAUCCUCCUGUGGAGAAGAAUUCAUUGGCGGCUGCAAUUUAGAAGAAAAAUCUGAUCCCAAAAACACAUCCUCAAAACCUGUAUUAGAGGAGACGUUUGAUUUUCCUGGCUAUGAAAAGUCACCUAAUUUGGACGGACAGAAAUGUUCUACUUCAAUUACUGAACAAGUGGUUGAGCGGAGUAGUUUUGGAUUCCUUGAAUCUUGUUUUGGUUUAAAAAGCACAGAGCAGAACAAUGAGGACUGUUUUAAACAAUCACAAGUGAACCAAACUGAUGAAUCCGACUUUUCAGUAGUUGGGAAUAUGACCCAGAUCCCCAAAUGCAUUUUGUUUAAUGAUGCUGAACCACCAGUUCUUCUGAAAGCUGCCUUUGAAAGUAACAGUAAUCAGAUGGAUGAGGAAACCAGUGCACCAAAAGAUCCACCGGUGCUUAGUCCCUGCCAAACAUCCAAGAUCUCUUCAGCUUCCAACUAUCCAAAUCACUUGAAUGAAAAUGACAACAUCGCAAGCAGAGUUUCUUUAUCUUUUAAGACCCAAAAGAGAAGACUGCAGCCUGUUGUUCUCCUUGAGACAACUGAACAGAAGGCUUGUAAUGAAAACAAUUACCAUUGUUUUAAGUGCCAAGAGUCCACACCAACUUUAGAUGAGCUAAUUGAGCACUCCCAUUCUACACAUUCUUUGCACAAGGUCCAAUAUUGUACUACUUGUGAAACUUAUUUCACUGGUGACACAUUGGCAAACCAUUUCUGUGGAAAAUUUAAACUAAAGGAGCACCUAAAUUCUUCACCUAAAUACUCCAAAGGGAUGACUGUGGAGAAUGCAAAGUUCAUAUGCAUGUACUGUAGGAGAGCCUUUAUCCGACAAGGGUUUUAUGAGGAACAUAUGCUGAGGCACAGAGUUGUCACACAACAUAGAUGUGAAUGUUGUGGAUUAUAUUUACCUACUGUUCAAACACUUCAGAGCCACAAAAGGAAAGUAAACUGCCUACCUCUGAUACUGGACCCUUCUCUACAUUCUACAGACCACUUAAAAUCACCUCUGAAAAAGUCAGGAACAAGCCCCUUUGUAUUUGACACAGAUGACUCCAAUACAGAACUACGUGAAUGUUAUGUGAGUCUAGUAGAUGUAUGCAAGGAAAAACAGUCACCAGAAAAAAUGGAUUGCAAGUUUUGUGGGAAGAGUUUCAGACUCCGAGCACAACUAAAAUCACACCUUAUAUCGCACUCGGAUGAAAAGCCUUUCAAGUGUGAGAACUGUGAAAGACAUUUCAAGUAUUCUUGGAAUCUUAACAAGCAUAAAAGAGAGGCGUGCCCUCAAAGUAUCAAAGUCCCAUCAAAAAAAUCUUUAGUACCUGAUAUCAAAUUUCCAGCCAAGUUCAAAUGCCCCAUCUGUUUUCAUUUGUUUAAGUACUCCUACAAUCGGACACGGCAUUUGCGUGAACAGUGUCUCAAAGAAUACAUGAGAAAAGGCAAAGGAAAAAUUGGUGGAAAAUAUCGGUGUCCUUUGUGUAAUGACAUGUUUACAGUGUCCGGUAACCGCAACAGACACAUAAAGAACACAUGUCUUAGGCUUAAAAUGUAUACAUCCAAAGGGAAAAUUCAUGGAAAAAAAGAGCUUGAGGAGGAGAUCGCAACCAACAGUGAGGACAAAGACUUGCAACUGACUAAAUCCAUUCAAAAAGUGGCACGUUACAAAUGCACUUUUUGUCCAGCUGCAUAUUCUAGCAAGUCUGGUUUCUACAGCCACCUAGCAAAGCAUAAAUUGCUUGCAAAUACCAAAAAGGUGACUAACAGACAUAACAAUGUUGAUUCAGGGGGUUCGGACAAAGAAUCUGCUGACAAGAUUAAAAGUGCUUCUCUUACUUGUCGCUUUUGUGGAAGAGUCUUUACAUCAGUACUUAUAUUGGGAAAGCACUUAAAACUUCAUACCGGGAACAGACCUUUUCGUUGUUUAGAUUGUGGUAAGAAUUUUGCUAGGCGCGCGCACUUGAUUGCUCACAAAAAUGUCCAUAAGCGGAAAAUACAGUGUUCAGACUGUUUGGAAGUUUUGCCAUCUAUUGGAGAUUUGUUAAAACACAGACAGUCCCAUCCAGAAAGAGGCAUGCUAAAGUGCCCUGACUGCCCAAUGCAGUUCAAGUUUCCUGUAUUUUUUCUGCGGCACGUGACAGUGCAUGAGAAAAAACGCAAACCUACGAUACCUCCAGAGGGCCAAGCUACACCUGAAAAGGUAGAAGAAACUAACAAAGAAGAGUUCAGGUGUGGUCUCUGCCAAAAAGCCUUCGCUGAUUCAAAGGCGCUUAGCGAGCAUUGUUUAACUCACAUGCCAGAUCCUUCUGCAUCCAAAUGUCAGUUCUGCAAGCGCACCUUUUCAAAUAGAGCUGGGCUGAUUCGCCACAUCCGCCUUCACACUGGAGAAAAGCCAUUUCCAUGUCUAAACUGUGGAAGACACUUCCAUAGAAUGGAAGUUGUUAAAGCGCAUCAGGAGAAAUGUAGAGGGGUGCAACAAUUGCCUGUAUUACAGAAGUCAAAUGCUAAACAAGUAGAGUCUAAAAACACUGUAGACUUUGCGUCAAAAAAGGCCAGCAAAUCCUAUAAUUGCUCAUACUGCCCACAUUCAUUUCGUUUUUCCAGCAAUUUGAAAUCACAUGAGAAAGCCCAUUUGGCAAAAACACUAUCCCCUUGUCCAAAUUGUGGGAAGUAUUACAGAAGAAGAAAAAUUAAAGAUCAUGAGCUUAUCUGCAAAGGCAAAGGAGUUCCUUGUCGAAAAUGUGGAAGAACUUUUAACAAGCAACACUACAGAGAUGCUCAUGAAAAACACUGUCAGGGUAAAGUAUCAAAAGAAACUGGAACAAAUGGCAGAUUUAAGCACCAGUGUCCACAGUGCUUUAAAUAUUUAAGAUACAGAAGUUACCUCCUGAGACACAUUAGAAUUCAUUCUAGGGAAAAACCAUUUGCAUGCAUGCAUUGUGGACAAAAAUACAACAGUCAGUCUCGCUGCUUAGAGCAUGAGGCUUUGUGUGAUGCUCCAUCAAAGAAACAUAAAAAGGAACACAGUGGUGCAAAGAAAACUGAACAAGUGGUUGCUGGAGUAAAAAAUGUGAAAGAGAACAAGGUGGUCCUGCAAGAAAAUAGGGGGGAAUUAAAGUGCAAAUUUUGCACAAGAUCAUUUGCAAGGCCAAGAUAUCUACGACGCCACAUCCUCACUCAUACAGAGGUCAAGCCAUAUCGAUGCAAGACAUGUGAUGGGUGUUUUUCACGCUAUGAUCAUUUAAAACUGCACCAAAAUCGUUGCAGAGGAAAGCAACGACUCGAGGUGCGAAUUGUAAAGAUGCCUCUGGACAGCGAUAAUGCAGACUGCCGAAGGAAAACUGAGCAGGAAAACGAGUUGCAGUGCAAAAUUUGCUCAAAGCAGUUUUCCACCUCGAGCGACUUGAAGCGACAUAUUUCCAUGUUGCAUGUUACUGUAAAACCUUUUCCUUGCAAACGAUGUGGUAAUACUUACACUACUAUAAAGAAUUUACAGAGACAUAACCUCAAGGUCAAAUGCAAGAAAAUGUCAAAAGAAAGCAUACAGCCAGCCAAAAGCAAGGCGGUUUCAACAGAAAAUGUGCAGCCAGCAAAGAGUGAUGUUCAAAGCCAACCAUGCAGAGAAACAUCUAAACUUCUACAACGAAUACAAGUGCACUACAUGAAUAAAUUUAAAUACCAAUGCACAUAUUGUCCUCGCCGCUUUAAAAUGCAGGGGCAACUAAAGGUGCAUAUACGUCUUCAUACAGGUGAAAAACCAUAUGGCUGUGACAGCUGUGGGGAGCGUUUCAUCAGAAGAGACUACUUAAAACGGCACUUGGUUAAAUGCACUGGAAAGGCAGAAAGCCAAGAAAAAGUUCUUUGCGACAAGUGUGGUGACCUGUUUACCCAGGAUGCAUUGCUUAGACACCAGAAGACAUGUGUUGUCAGCUUAAAGUCACCUGGAUCCUCUAAAGUGGUCAACAAAGACACCCCAUCCAAGAUUAAAGGUUUCUCCUGCGCUAACUGUAGUGACCGUUUUUUGUUGUUCUCACAGCUUCAGCAACAUUUUUUAGCAAAGCAUAGAACUGGUCAAGGGUUAAAUAUUGAUAAACGGCAAUUGGAAUUAAAUCCAAUUGAAAUAAUCAAGCAAGAGCCAACUGAUGAAGUACAUAGCCCUCCAAGUAGCUGUCAGCCACCUGCAGAUGAGCAACAUGAGAAUUCAAACAAGGAUCUCAACAAACCUCUUAAAUGCUCACAUUGCCACAUGCGGUUUGCCAAUACUGCUGGGCUGGGUAUGCACAUGCGCAUUCAUACCGGAGUCUACCCACUUUCUUGCACAAAAUGCCAUGUUGGUUUUUGGACCAAAAAAACAAUGGAGAAACACAAGAGAAAAUGUACUGGGCACAUGAUUGUCAGCAAGAAAAACGAGUCCACCACAGAAAAUGCAGAGGAAUUGGAAUCCGCUCUAGCUGACACAGUGCUAGUAUUUAAUAAAGGCUCAAAUACAACAGGAACUGGAGUGUUACAGACCAGGUUCUCAUGUAAAGAUCAAGAAAAUGGUAAAGAAGACACUGCUACUAACAAGUAUCAAUGUUCUGAGUGUGAUCAGAGUUUCACAGAUGGACUUCGACUCAUAAGUCAUUUGGAAGAACAUGGUCGUGAGGAUCAAGUGCGCAGAUCAAGCGAAUCACACCGAUGCCACAUUUGCAGUAGAGUCUUCGGCCAAGCUGGUUUACUUCAAAGGCACAUGAAAACCCAGCAUGAGUACAAAAAGAAAAAUAUCUGUCCAAUAUGUUUGAAAGACUGUCGUUGUCCCUCUGAGUUGGAGGUCCAUAAAUCGUGUCAUGACCCCAAUCGUCCUUUUGUCUGUAGCGUAUGUGCAUUGAGAUUUUGGACCACUAAAGCCAUGAGUAUUCACCAAGGCCUUGCUCAUUCGAUCAAAGAGCCAGAACCUGAAGUAUUCAAAUGUCAUCCAUGUGAAAAAAUUUAUACAGUUAAAAAGUCAUACAUAAAGCACUGCAAAUUGAAACAUAAAGAGGAUUCAGUGACAACAUCUGAAAACAAAUCAUCCGUUAAUCAAGAGUCAGAAAAAGAAGAAACCGACUCAAAUUUCGAAGAUGAAGAUAACAGUGAUGAUGAUUCUGAUUCAGCACCAUACUUUCCUUGCCAUGUUUGCGGUAAAACGUUCUUAACAUCAGAAAAUCUUGAGGAUCAUCAAAGGUGCCAUCUUGGUGAGAAACCUUUCGAGUGUGAGGAAUGUGGGAAAUGCUUUUUUCAGUUAGUAAAUCUGCAACAGCAUCAGCGAAGCCAUAAGUCUGAGUUUCAGUGUCAAAUGUGUGGUAAAGGCUUUGUCUCCUUCUUUGCUCUGCGUAAACACAAACAAUCGCAUGUCAGAAAACCAUCUCAUCGCUGCACAAAGUGCCACUUGAGCUUCACUCGCUCAGCAGAACUAGCAGAGCACAUGGUUACACACCGUGAUGAAAAUUUCCCAUGUGAUCUUUGUGACGAAACAUUUUCAUGCAAAACAAGUCGGGCAAAUCAUCGCAAGAUGCAUACAGCCCAAGAUGAGGAGCUCCCUCCUCUGAUUCCACACAAUGAGCCUCAAACAAAUCAAGUUACUUCUGCUGGUCCCAGUAGAAGCCUUGUGACAAGUAACAUUGGGCAGUUCAAGUAUCGUUGUGGAAUUUGUCAAGUAAGAUUUCCAGAUCCAGAACAGCUCUCUGAACAUGGGUGCAAUCCAGCAAAAGAGCGCCCCUACUCGUGCCCUGAAUGUAACAAGUAUUUCUUGCACGGUUCUCACCUCAAAAAGCAUCAGCUUAGUCAUCAGUUAUCGGCACGGCGUUCUUAUCAGUGCAAUCGUUGCAAUAUGAGUUUCAGCUACCACCAUCAUUAUCUUACUCAUUUACAUAGUCAUGGGGAUAAGGAGGCACCUGAGGACACAGUCAUUCCUGGCCGUGAAAAGAUGAUCCACGUUGACAGUGCAAAGCGUGAGAAAAUUUACCAAUGCCCAAUAUGUCCUGAGAGUUUUUACCAAGCCUUGGAUCUGGCAAAUCACCUCUCGGUUCAUUCUCACAUGUGCAGUGUUUGUAAUACAACUUUUCCCACAAAGGAAAGUCUUGAUGAGCAUGAACAAUGCCAUUUGACUGCUGCUACACAGUAUGAAUGCACCGAAUGUGGUGACAGUUUUCUCGGUAGUGAUGCUUUUCGCAAACACCACUGUAGUAAUCGUAAAAUGCCGUUUUCGAAGAAGCACACCUCGGAGUCAUCCGUUUCCUCCUCCCUCAAAAAGCAGCAUACUGAGAGACCAUUUAAACGUGGCGAGGAGGAAGAGGAGGAGGUUGACGUUGGAGAAGACUUCAUUAAAUGCACCAUUUGUCAAAAACGGUUCUCCUCCAAUAGUAGUUUACAGGAGCACCAAAAAAUUGAACAUGCAGAACGUCCUUUUACUUGCCUGGUCUGUGGGAAAUGCUAUACAAAGAAACGGUACCUCACACAGCACCAGCAAACACACAAUGAACGGCCUUACCGAUGUGAUGUGUGCCCAGAAUCCUUCAAAACAGAAACCGCUUUGAUAUCUCAUGGAAAAAUACAUGACACAAAAAGGCAAUACCGCUGCUCAAUAUGCAACAAAGCCUACCUGACGUCCAAUGAUCUUAACAAACAUCAACAGAAAAAACAUGCUGAACAUCAGACCUUAAAUAAGGACAAUGAAGAAUUCCGGUGUGAUAUGUGCUGCGAAUCCUUUAGCAUGUUUUCUCAGCUGAAGAAACACCAGGAAACCCAUGUGGGGCAAGUCGUCUAUGAAUGCACAGAGUGUGACAAAGCCUUUGCUUUUCCAAGUCUUUUGGAGGAACAUCAGAUGACUCACACUGUUUCUCCAGAAUCUCUCCAGACCCAACCGCCAAGCCAUUUCCCAUAUCAAUGCCCAGUAAAUGAAUAAAGGGCAGGUUAUUGAUGACCACCUUUCCUGCAAUGCAGGUUAUUUAAAAUCAUUCAGUUUUCUGAACGUUAUUUACAGAUCAAUUGUACAUACAUUGCAUUGUUCGUUUUACAUAGGCCCAAGUGCUUUUAUCCCCUUUGAAAUAUAACGUUGGUGUUUUACCCUAGUUCUGAAUCAGUCUGUUAAUGUUUAUAUAAGUUGUUCUACAGUUCUGUGAACUGCUCCGUAGUUUUUUCUGUUUGUACAGUACUCAGACUGAGUUGUGUAUAUUUAUGCAAUCUACAUGAUUGAUGGAACUAUAGGUAUAUUUGCAUGAUCAAAGUACUAUAAGAGAUCAAAAAUGCCCCAGGCAUUAUGUACAGCUUAAAAUCCUGUCUUAUUUUUCAUCAAGGGACCUUUUGACCUUGUUACAUUUACCAUGUGUUUUAGACAUCCUUCAAAAAUGGUUAACGAUUUCAGAGUAACUUUUAUAUUGACCGGCUUAUAAACAUUUGAGGUCUAAUGGUUUGUGAUGACAUUAAUGUUGUAUAAAUUCUUUUUUUUUUCACAAUGUUAUUCAAAUGAAGUCUCACAUAAAAACUGCUUUUCACUAAGACCUUUGUAAAUGACACAUUGUAGCCUUUUCUUAUGAGUUUAAAACAACGUUAGUGCUUAUAUAUGGUUAUAAAAACCUGAUUAGUUUAGUUUUACUUUUGUAUUAUAUGUUGAGAUUUUCUUCAACGAAUAACAAAUAAAUCCUUUACAUCUA